AUGGUGAGCCAAGUGGCAGGAGCCUAUGACUUCGGAGCUCUGAAGUCAUCUGGCAACUCCUACUCAACAGAGAAGCUGCUUGGCACCUCUGGUGCCAUGACGGCCAGACUUGGUGAGCUGCUGAUUCAUGGUGAAGCUGUGGAGGUUCUCAACGUGCCAUCCCGACUUCUUCAUCGACCACCAAAGAAGAAAAGCUGGGCACUCUACAACCCAUCGCUACUUCCCUUGCGCUGGCGUGGCAAGGACGUUUUCUUGGUGACAUACAGGGCGGGAACGUGGAACCUUUGCAGGUGGGACGGACGUGGUUCUCCCGUAGCCUCGCUGCCAACAGUUGAAGGUCGGAAUCAGGCCACCAGCCGCGUCAUGGCAGCUAUCGUGCUGCGUGACUUCUCGCCUCUCGUGCCGGUGCACGAGAUUGGAAAUCAGAACUUUCAGGAGCAUUCCUGCACACAUUCGACAGGCAUGCGCCGUGUUGGCAUCGACGAUGGGCGCUUGCUUUCUUUGCGCGGCAAGCCGUUUGUGCUGUUUGCCGGCGUGGCGCCGGCGCAGCAGGACUACCCUUGUCAGCACCGGCAAUACCUCUGUCCGCUAGAACUGCCGGACGAGGCAUCCGAGAACCUCAAGGAGCUCAAGGUGAAGUGCAGCGAGAAGGUGCUGCUGACCUUUGACUUUGCGGACCAACUGUCAGAGAAGAUGCUCGCACAAGAGCGGCUAGGAAGCGUGCACCAGAAAAACUGGAUGCCUUUCGUGGUGGGUGAUGAGCUCUUCUUGAUCUUCACGGUCGAGCCUCUGCGCGUGAUGCGAGUGGAUACCCUGACGGGACGCUGCGUUGAGGUCAGCUUGGUACGGACUCCGGCGCUUUCGGCUCUCCACAACUCCCAGCGCGACGAGUUUCGUGGGCAUGGAGGACCGGCGCUUGUUCCUCUGCCGCCCAAGCACGGUGGCGGUUUCCUGGGGCUGGCUCGGGUACAAGCUGGCAAUUUGCUUUAUACGCACUUCUUCUUCGCACUCAAAGUGCCCCAAGAUCCGUCUGCAUCAGAUCCAUUUGUCAUCUCUCAUGUCAGCCGUCUUUUGUGCAUCGAGUCGUCGCACGAAGGCCUCUGCGAGGUGAUUCAGUUUGUGGGCGGCAUCUUCAUCGACGAAGACCAGUUGGUGCUCACAUAUGGAGCCAAUGACUGCGAGCCACGAGUGACAGCUCUUCCCUUGAGCCAUGCGUUGGCCAUGCUCCGACCUGCGGAUUUCAGAUCCGAGCUGUGA